AUGGCGGUGUUCAGUUUUAUUUCUGUUUUGGAAAAGGCACGAAGGAGGAAGACAUUUGGCAUUUGUUCUCUUCGUGAAUCUCGUCCCGACUCUAUUCCGUUGAAAGCGCGCCGCGGGGUGCCCGGGUGCCGGAGGAAGAGCGCGGCGGACAACGGCCGAGAUGCCCAGAGCGACAACAAACAGGCCACCUCUGUUGAUCCCCGCGACUCCGCACGCUUCGCCCGGGACCCCAGCGCCCCGGCAGCUCGGCACCCCGACUCGAGGUCACGGGAGAGCUCCAGAGGUGGCUUCGGCAGUGAGCAACAGCCACCUCCCGCAGCCUCAGCGCGCCCCGGGCUCCUCCUCCCGCCCCAGCGUGGCCAAGUGAGCACCGCUCGGGUCGCAGGUGGCCAGGCGCGCCCCGGCCAGGCACGACCCGGGCCUGCCGGGGGCUCCGGACCGCCGGGGACCGUGGGUCCACCCGACGACGACGACGACUCGCCUGCCCUGUUGCGCGAUGAGGUGGCUGCGGGCUCGCAGGACUCACUGUUGGACAGUGGCGGCGGCCGGGGCCGAGGAGGUGGGGGACGUCUGCCUCCUGCCUGCGUUUCCGAACACGAGCUGCGAGUGGUGUCGCCGGUCUUCCUUCAGCUGCCCAGCUACGAGGAGGUCAAAUACCUGCCCACCUAUGAGGAGUCCAUGCGGCUGCAGCAGCUCAACCCUGCAGAGGUCGUAUUGCCCGUGUCGGUGCUCGGGCAUCCGCAAGGCGGUAGUGCCGGCGACCCCGACGGCGACCAGGGCCGCUUCCCGCUCAUCUGAACGCCCGGAGCCUCACUGGGAUCAACGGGAUCGUACGAGGCUGGGGGCUGCGUGUGGCACGCAACAGCUGGUUUGUUGGCGGUCGCCCCUGGCUGCCUCUGACCAUACCUAGUAUCCCCGCACAACCUGUAGCCCCGCGCCUGGGUUGGGGUCAGUCCCCUCCCUCUCGCUCCCUGGGGAUCCUGUGUUUUUCUAUGUUUCUUUGGGCUCAAGGUUGGCAGCUCGGCGAGGGCGACGGCUUUGGACCAGCUAGCAGCUCCUUCUGGACACCCGUCCCCGCCCUCUGCCAUGCCUUCCCUUGUGUUCACUGUAAGUGCCUGCUUCUCCAAUCCAAAAGAACACGUUAACCUUUGGUGUGUCUAGAGACCCGCGGCUUGCUUUAUGUCCGAAAAGGAAGGAGCGCAGGUACAUUUCUUGCCCUCCUGCUUGGACGGGUCCCAGUCUACCCGGACUGGAAGGUGAGGCCUUUGGCUCUGGGCCACGACCAGUGACUGCUGCAUGCGGGUUUGUGGAGGCAGCGCUUGGCUGUGAUGGGAUCCCUUUCUUGAGAAAGACCCCAGAAAACCCUUUGGUGUCUUCCUAGCCUAUCAAAUAGUCACUGCUGAUGGCUCACAGUUAAGUGGUGGGGAGGGAUAUCAUCAUGGAUGGUUUAGUUGCAGCAAGAUGUAGCAACUAAUUAAUCCAGACUGUAUUUGUAAUCUGGUACCGAUGAACUUUUGGUUUUUGUCAGUAAGGUGUUUGUCUUUUAUUUUUAUAUUUAUCAUGCACUAAACACGUCGGGAAGGUAGUUCAACAAAUUGGCAGGGUAAUCACUGUUCUGUUUUAGACCCAUAACCAUCAAAAAGUCGCCCACAAUCUGCCAUUGCUUAAUAAGGUGUUGGACAUUAUUUCAUUAGAGGUGUGGGGGAUGGUCAAACAGGAAAUGUGACAUAAAACAUAAAGGAUAUCUUAUUUUCACUAUUUGAAAAUAGUUUAUUUUUAGUACCAAAGCAUAAUACAUAACUUUUAUAAUAACUGUGUACAUUGUGUAGUCUGGGUCUUAACUGUAUCAUGGAAUUAUGUGUAAAAAGGCCAUUGGCACAUGUAUGACACACCGUGGAGCAAGAUGGCUUGUCAGUAUGUCCUUCUUUAUGUUUUAUUUAAGACAUAUUCUGCAACGUAAUUCCAAACAUAAGAAACAGAAUUGUAACUUUUGUUUAAACCUGUAACUUUGUAGUAAUGUGCAAAGAAGGAUUUGCCCAACCUAUCUUUAUUAAAAAUUAAGCAGUAUCAUUUUACUAAUUCUGGAACUUCCCCUUUAAGUAAUAAGACACAUUUUAAUGCAUCAUGUAUAGUGUACAUAUGGUAUCGUCAGUGUACAACGUAUACAUUGUGUGCCAUGCAGCUAUCACAGCAUACCGCUAGCGUGAGAGGAAGGGGUGGAAAGGAACGCCACUUUCCCUGGAGAAGUGUGAACAGCACCAAUUGUCAAGAGAGAUUAUUCACUGGAUCUGUGAAGAAGCUGAGCAGGCCUAGAAAAUCUUCAAGUGUCUGAUUUGUAUUUAAAAAAAAAAGAUUUGAUUACUUUUAACUUUUAAAGACUGAUUGAAAAUGUCUGAUGUCCUGGGAGAUUUUUUUAAUGUAUGAAUUAUAAUAAAAUCAUGAUUUGCUUUAAACUUC